CUUGCUUGCAUUGGCAUUACCAUUGGCAUUGGCAUUGGCAUUAUUGACUGACUGACUUGGUGUAAGUCUGUUUGUUCGUUAUUGUUAAUUGUUGAUGAGGGGGUUGACUAAGAGUGCGAUAAGAUUGAUCGAUUGAUUGAUUGAUUGCUCCACUUUCCAUCUUAUCACUCGCCUCCUUCCUUCCUUCCUCCUCCUCUUUUCCCCGCCUUUUAGUCUACCUUGCUUUACUCUGACAGCUGUUGCUUUUCUUUUUCUUGACUUGCUCAUCUUGUAAUAUACCCUACUAUCUUUCUCAGUCCUCGUUCCUUUUGCAUUUUCAAUUCCAAUAUGAAGACUCUCUUCAAGAAUGCCACUAUCAUCCCCGGAGUCAAUCCUCCCCCCGCAGAUUCUCCCACUUGUAUGAUCAUCGAGGAUGACCGCAUUGUUUACGUCGGCACUGAGGCCGAUCUUCCCACUGAACCGGUGGAUCAUGAGGUCGAUUUGAACGGGAGGAAAGUCCUGCCUGGAUUUAUUGACGGACAUAUGCACCUGCUGCUUUUCGGCGCCUCUCUCUCCAAGAUCGAUCUCGGCGACUGCAAGGACCUGGCCGACAUCCGCACCACGAUUGCGCGCGCCGCGGCCGAGAACCCUUCGGCGGAGCGUCUGUUCUGCCGCGGCUGGAUGCACAGCAUGACCGACGGCCAGGCGCUGGCCAGCAUGAUCGACGACCUCGACCCGCGGCCAAUCUUCAUCGACUCGAAGGACCUGCACUUUGCCUGGCUGAACACGCCCGCGCUGCAGGAGCUGCAGGUGGCCGGCCUCCCGGACCCGGAGGGGGGCACCAUCUACCGCGACGCCGCGACGGGCCAGCCCAGCGGCCUGCUGGGCGAAGCCGCGGCGGUGACCUACGUGUGGCCGCACGUGGCGCGCGUCUCGACGACCGAGGAGAAGCUGGCCUACAUCCGCAACGCGGUGCGGGCCUACAACGCCGCGGGCUACACGGGGAUGAUCGAGAUGGCGACGGACGAGAACCUGUGGACGACGAUGCAGCAGCUGCGCGCCCAGGAGCCCGUGUCCAUCCGCCUGGCGGCGCACUGGAUCAUCACCCCGUCGCAGGACGAGGCCGCCGUACUGCGCCAGGUCGACCGCGCCAUCGCCCUGCACCGCGCGUACAACCGCACCACGUCUCCGGACUUCCGAAUCGCGGGCAUCAAGAUCAUCUGCGACGGCAUCAUCGACGCCUGCACCGCCGCCCUCCUCGAGCCCUACGCCAGCACCGGCACCACCUGCGCGCCCCUCUGGGACCCCGCCCUGUUGGGGAAGGUUGUCGCCAAAGCCGACGCCGCCGGCCUCCAGUGCGCCCUGCACGCCAUCGGCGACCAAACCGUCCGGCUGGCCAUCGACACCCUUGAGGCCUGCAGCAGCACCACCACCACUGCCCAAGGAACCACAACCUCCUCCCCUCGCAGACACCGCAUCGAACACCUCGAACUCACCCACCCGACGGACGCCCAGCGCCUCGCCCAACUCGGCAUAACCGCCUCCAUCCAACCCGUGCACGCCGACCCGGCCAUCCUGCGCGCCUGGCCCAACCUCCUCGGCGAAGCCCGCUGCCGCCGCGCCUUCGCCUACUCUGAAUUCGUCCGCACCGGCGGCCCCGUCGCCAUCGGCACCGACUCCCCCACCGCCCCGCACAGCGCCCUCCGCAACCUCUACACGGCCACCACGCGCCGCUCCGCCCGCGACCCUGCGCUGGAUGUCACGGUCAACCCGGCCUUCGCGCUGACGCUGCUCGAGGCCGUCGUCGCCGCCACGGCGGGCUCGGCCUACUCGUGUUUCGAUGAGGACCGCACCGGCUCAUUGGCUCCCGGCAAGGUCGCGGAUUUUGUGGUCUUGGAGAUGGCCUGGGAGGCCGGGCGGUUGCUGGACGCGGAGGUGCUGGAGACUUGGUUUGCGGGAAGGAGAGUCUAUGAGCGCCGUGCUUAGGGGUUUUGUGGGGCUCAUUUUGUACAUUGUACAAUGUACAGUGUACAGUAAGUAUAUCAGGGCUUGGUGUUGUGUCUCUUGGGAUGUGGAGAGGGAUGA